GGAGGCGGAGGAGAAGCGGCGGCGGCGGGGCCUGGCCUGGGCCGGGUCGUCGCGUCUCCGUCUCGUCCCGCAGCGGGGGCAGCGGCCCCGGCGGCCGCAGGUGGAUGCCCGCGGCCCGGCAUGGAGCAGGCGUGCGAAGUGAGCCGGCGCGGCUGCCUCGUCCCGUUCGGCUCGUCGCUGUCGGCCGAGGCCAAGGGCGGCCCCGAGCCUCCCGCCAUGCAGCUGGCGGCCGCCAAACCCGCCGUGUUCGGGCAGGACCCCUCGUCCUGCUACAUCCCGCUGCGCCGGCUGCAGGACCUCGCCUCCAUGAUCAGCGCCGAGUACCUGGACGGCGCCGAGGCGCUGCCUGACCCCGGCUCGCCGCCCGCCCGCCUCCCCGCCGCGCGGGACCCGCUGCUGCUGCGCGACGGCGACGACGACGAGGAGGAGGAGGAGGACGACGACGAGGAGGAGGAGGAAGGCGCUGAGACGCCGGAGGAGGACGAGGAAGAAGAGGAGGACGAGGAGGAGGCCGGGGAGCAGGCGGAGGCCUCGUCCGCGCUGCAGCUCAUCCAAGCCAAGAAGAAACCUACUCCAGUGAAGUAUGAAGUUGGGGAUCUUGUUUGGGCCAAGUUCAACAGACGCCCAUGGUGGCCAUGCACAAUUUGUCAUGACCCAGUGCUGGACUGUCACUCAAAAAUGAAAGUUUCCAAUCGGAGGCCAUACCGUGAGUACUAUGUGGAUGCCUUAGGAGAGCCUUCGGAGAAAACCUGGGUUGCUGGGAAAGCUAUUGUCCUCUUUGAAGGAAGACAUCAGUUUGAAGAGCUGCCUGUUCUUUGGAGAAGAGGAAGCCAAAAGGAAAAGAGCUACAAACCUAAGGUUCCUCAAAGGUUUAUGGCUAAAUGGGAAGUCAGUGUUGGACAAGCAGAAGAUCUUCUUCUUGGAGGGCCAGAGGAUCAAAAGUGCAGCCAGAACUUCAGCGAACUGGGCAGCGAGAAGAAAGUACAGUCGGAAUACUAUGCCAAUGGCCCUGGAGCAGAAAGGGACAGGCAGCUGAAUGGCUGUUUUAAAUCUUUAGCAUUUGAGUCCAGACACCGAGACAGUGAAAAAGGAAAAUUGCACAUUAAACCACAUGUGAAAAAGAGCUCCGACAGCAGAAAAAGGACUAGAGUAAAAAAGAGUGGCGCAAGAGGGGAAGCAUCUAGGGGAGAAAUCAGAGAAAAGACGCCAGAAGGCAUAGUUAGAAACAUGAUUGUUGGGGACCUACCAGAUAAACACGCAUCUCAUGAACUUCGCAGGAUUGCCAACAGCAUAACAGGAUCCAGUAGCACCAGGGAAAACCAUUUGCUUUCCUCCUUUGGAGAAAGACGUUUUGAAAAGACACCUUUGAAACCAGACUAUGAGAAUCGUAAAAAUGUUGCUCUGAAGAACAAGCUCCAAGCAGAUUUGUUUUCCAGUGCAUCUUUGGAGAGAGAGAAGAGCUCCCUGGGCAUUCUGUGUAGUUCCAAAUUACAAAUACACUAUUCUGCGUCUGAUGCUGGUAUUGAGAAAAAGCAAACUGAAUUGGAUUCAUCCUCUUCCCUCUCAGAUGGUGGGAACAGUGAUGUAGAUGCCAUGGACCAAAGUUCAGAGAGAGCCUCUAGUGCUUUUGAAGUUAGUGAUUCUUCAGAUAAAAUGGAGAAGGAAUUUCCUAUGACGUCAAGUGGAAACAUUAAGCUUUCCAUGUAUCUUUCUCAGAAGAGCAAUAGAAGGGCCAGAAAGAAAUCAUACAGAGAUCGUAAACCUCUGGGAGGUUCAGUAACCGGCAGACUUGAUGCUGCAUUUGCAGAUCGGGCGCUUGAAGUAGGCUUCUCUGAUGCCGAGAUGUCAUUGACGGCUCUUCAGUGUUCUCCAGACAUGAGAAAUGACAAUCUUGCCCUAGCAAACAAGCACACUACUUCCCGAAGUGUUUCCAAGGACAGCUCCUGGCCUACCGUUGCAAAUCAAGCAAUCUUAAAACCGAAAAGCAUGAAGUUGCCCCGAAUCAGGGGUAUAAAAUGCAAACAUAAAGAAAAAGUUGCUGAGUUGGAGCCUUCUCUUGCAGAAGAGGAGGGUGAUGUGAACCGCUGCUCUUCUGAUACCAAAGGUUUCUCUGGCCUUCAGAGAGAUUCUCUUCAGAGAAGUGGAAAAGUUGAUGGUCAGAAACUGUUAAACAACACGCAUGAGAAACCCAGGGAUUCUGCUGAAAUAGAAACGGCCGUGGUGAAACACGUCUUGUCAGAACUGAAGGAGCUGUCCUAUCGGUCCAUGAACGAUGAUGCUGGUGACUCUGCCGCGCCAAAGGCCACAGUACCCUUGCUUUUCUCUUCCACCUCUGGUCAUGGUCGUUUGCCUAUUGAGCCUGACUACAAGUUCAGCACCUUGUUAAUGAUGUUGAAGGAUAUGCAUGACAGUAAGACAAAAGAGCAGCAACUGAUGACUGGUCAAAAUAUUGUCCCACUUCGAAAUACCAGCACAGCUGAUGGGUCUGGAAGUAAUUCUGCAAGUGGUCUGAAGUCCUUGUCUAUUGUACGUCCCCCAUACAAAAUAGAAAAAAAUGGAGAUUGUGUCCAGGAAACAGUAAAUCCAAACUCCACUAUAAGCAACUCCUCCUUGUCACACAAUCCUCCAACCAAGUUGACGGGGAUUGGUACUGGUAAAAGGGAGCCUGCGAGUGCUGCUGUUUCUGGGACAAACGGCACGAAUUGUGUGCCCAAACGCAACUGUUCAAAAUCUAAGCAGUCAUCAAAGCUUGGAGAUAAAACAGUUUCAAACAGAAAGGACUUAAAACCAGGAGGGCCAAGUAAGUUGCUAAGUCGGUUAUCCAGAGAUUCAGGAGAACAUGCAUUCCGCGUUCACGGUUCAGUUACCAGUCCUCUAGGUAAUGAGGCAGAAGAUGCUGAGAGCAAAGUGUGUGUUGAUUUAACAGAACAUUCAACUGAUGAAGACUCUGCCUGUUUAUCUGAUGACAAUUUAGAUCGUGUUGGAAGGAGACCCGAAGCUGGUAGAAAUAUUGAGAGCUGCACUUCUGCUGAAAAUGGGGAGAGUCCAGACUUGGAUUCAGAGGCAAAUAGUGAGGGCUCUCUUGGUGAUGAGUCUAAUGAUCUAAAUCACGUAGCACCCAAAAAGCGAUGGCAGCGUUUUAACCAAAGCAGUGCUAGAUCUAAUAAGCACAUCGGUAGAUCUAGGGAACAAGGAAACUUGGAGAGUGCCUUUGGCCUGAAGUCUCGUGGCUUUUCACGGAAGGGAAAUGAGUGCUUGGGACGUAGGCAUUCCCCUCAUUCCAAGGUGCUUGAGGGAGACCUGACAGAUCAGGACUAUAAGAAUCAUGUAGACUUAGUUGGGAAACGUUUGAAUGUAUGUGGUAAGCCAAACAACAGUGUGAUGGACUCAGAAACAAAGCUUGACAACUUUGCUCCCCAGUCUGAAUUCUCUGCACAAGUACAUUCAGAGAGGAAACGACUUAGAAAGCCAAGUAAACGGCUUCUGGAAUAUGCAGAAGAAUAUGAUCACUUAUUUGCACCCAAGAAAAAAUCAAAGAAGGUCCAGGAGCAAUUGCCAAAGGUGAAUUCCGUGGCAAGGUCUGAAUUUGGAGGAGGUCUUCCUGCACAAGGUAGUCCUGACAGAGGUACCCAGCAGAAGCCAAGUCCUUUGGUUUCAACUCCAUCUUCAACCAAAGAGUCCCCUCCUGUCCUUGAAGCAGAGUGCUCCUUCUCAGAACUGGGAUCCCAUUCCACUGAUCCCACUGAUCAACUUCUAGAAGGACCUGCAGAUUUUCCAGAGCUGGUGCUGUCUUCCUCUGAUGUUUCUGAAGUUGCUGCUUCUCCAGAUGCAGAAGAGAGAUUCCUGAAAUCAGGAAACUUUGAAAGCAAGCGUCAAAGGAAGCCCACUAAAAAGCUCUUGGAAUCCAAUGAUUUGGACACUGCCUUUAUGCCAAAGAAGGAGGAGUGGACUCCCCCAAAGAAGGGCACUGGCCCUUCCGAGAGUGACAGCUCUGAGCUCUACUCACCAGCCCACUUCUCGGACCUGGGAGAAGCUUCUGAAAAACUCUUGGAGAAGCAACGGAAGCGGAAGAGGCAGCGCCAUACCUCUGCUGCAGUGCAUUCCAAGAAGGAGAGAAAUCGGGAGGGGCUGGGGGAAACUCUACAUUCUGAGGGGGAGACGUCGGUUCAUGGGUCUGCUGCAAGCCCCAAAGAGGCUAAUGAAGAGCGGUCAGAGAACGACCAUGGAGUGCCUUCGUCCAAAAGGAUACAGGGGGAGCGUGGAGGAGGAGCAGCUCUCAAGGAAAACGUGUGUCAGAUCUGUGAAAAGCCAGGGGAGCUGUUGCUGUGUGAGGCGCAGUGCUGUGGUGCUUUCCACCUGCAGUGCCUUGGGCUCUCUGAGAUGCCAAAGGGCAAAUUCAUCUGCAAUGAGUGUUCCACAGGUGUCCAUACCUGCUUUGUGUGCAAGAGCUGUGGAGAAGAUGUGAAACGGUGCUUGCUGCCCCUCUGUGGGAAGUAUUACCACGAAGCGUGCAUACAGAAGUACCCACCCACAGUCAUGCAGAACAAGGGCUUCCGAUGUUCCCUGCACAUCUGCAUGACUUGUCACGCUGCUAACCCGGCAAACAUCUCUGCAUCUAAAGGUCGUUUGAUGCGCUGUGUGCGAUGUCCGGUUGCGUACCACUCCAAUGACUUCUGCCUCGCUGCUGGGUCCGUGGUCCUCGCCUCCAACAGCAUCAUCUGCCCUAAUCACUUCACUGCACGGAGGGGCUGCCGCAACCAUGAGCACGUCAAUGUCAGCUGGUGCUUUGUCUGCUCAGAAGGGGGCAGCCUUUUAUGCUGUGAGUCGUGCCCGGCUGCGUUUCACCGUGAGUGUCUAAACAUUGAGAUGCCAGAGGGAAGCUGGUAUUGUAAUGACUGCAAGGCAGGCAAAAAGCCACACUACAAGGAAGUAGUCUGGGUGAAAGUUGGGCGCUACAGGUGGUGGCCAGCUGAGAUUUGCCAUCCUAGGACAAUUCCUGUCAACAUCCAGAAAAUGAAACAUGACAUCGGUGAGUUCCCUGUGCUGUUCUUUGGCUCCAAGGAUUACCUAUGGACCCACCAGGCCCGCGUGUUCCCUUACAUGGAAGGUGAUGUCAGCAGCAAAGACAAGAUGGGAAAGGGCGUGGAUGGCAUAUACAAGAAAGCUCUUCAGGAAGCUGCAGUAAGAUUUGAAGAACUGAAGGCACAGAAAGAAUUGAGACAGCUUCAGGAAGACAAAAAGAAUGACAAGAAACCUCCUCCCUACAAACACAUCAAGGUGAACCGGCCGGUGGGCAAGGUGCAGAUCUUCACUGCAGACCUGUCCGAAAUACCGCGUUGCAACUGCAAGCCAACAGAUGAAAACCCAUGCGGCCUGGACUCCGAAUGCAUCAAUCGCAUGUUGCUCUAUGAAUGCCAUCCCAUGGUCUGCCCUGCUGGGGAGCGCUGCCAAAACCAGUGCUUCUCCAAGAGGCAGUAUCCUGAGGUGCAAAUUUUCCGCACACUGGCACGAGGCUGGGGCUUGCAAGCUAAAACAGACAUCAGAAAGGGUGAAUUUGUCAAUGAGUAUGUUGGGGAGCUAAUUGAUGAGGAGGAGUGCCGAGCCCGAAUCCGCUAUGCUCAGGAACACGACAUCACCAAUUUCUACAUGUUGACACUGGAUAAGGAUCGAAUCAUUGAUGCUGGGCCAAAGGGCAAUUACGCUCGGUUCAUGAACCAUUGCUGCCAGCCAAACUGUGAGACUCAGAAAUGGUGUGUGAAUGGCGAUACUCGGGUUGGGCUCUUCGCAAUUGUAAAUAUCAAAGCUGGGACUGAGCUGACUUUCAACUACAACCUGGAGUGCCUAGGAAAUGGAAAGACGGUUUGUAAAUGUGGUGCCCCAAAUUGCAGUGGCUUCCUAGGAGUUCGGCCAAAGAGCCAACCCAGCCUCACCGAGGAAAAGUCCAAGAAGCUAAAGAGACGUCCGCAGAUGAAGCGCAGGUCGCAGGCGGAGGUGAUGAAGGAGCGAGAGGACGAGUGUUUCAGCUGUGGGGACGGAGGGCAGCUAGUUUCUUGUAAGAAGCCAGGCUGCCCCAAGGUAUACCACGCGGACUGCCUCAACCUGACCAAGAGACCUGCAGGAAAAUGGGAGUGCCCAUGGCAUCAGUGUGAUAUGUGUGGUAAGGAAGCGGCUUCCUUCUGUGAGAUGUGCCCCAAGUCCUUCUGCAAGCAGCACCGGGAAGGCAUGCUCUUCAUCUCCAAGCUGGAUGGACGUUUAUGCUGCACAGAGCACGAUCCCUGUGGGCCUAACCCUCUGGAGCCGGGAGAAAUUCGUGAGUAUGCGCCUCCCAUAGAAGCCCUGGCUAACGAUGAGGACACCCAGCCACCAGAACAGCCGCCUGCAGACACAGACCUGAGUGUUCAGCCUCUGGAGAGCCUACCUCAGUCUGUGGCCCUCAGACUGCAGUCACCAGAAAAGCCUCCCACUACUGUGGCGCUGAGGCUGCCACCGUCAGACAAGCCCCCUACCACCCUUGCCCUGAGGCUGGAGCCAUCAAACAAGCCCCCUACCACCCUGGCCCUCAGGCUGCCUCCACCAGACAAACCGCCCGCUGCCCUGGCACUCAGACUGCCACCAUCAAAUAAACCCCCCACCACCUUGUCACUGAGGCUGAAGCCAUCCAGCAACCCCCCCACCACCCUCUCACUCCGGCUGCAGCCUUCGGACAAACCUCCCACCACCCUGUCGCUCCGCCUGCAGCCAUCAGACAAACCCCAGGCUGCCUUGUCCCUACGGCUGCAGUCAGAGAAACAGCCCAUCAUUGUAGCGCUGAGGCCGCAGCAGCCCGACAGGCCUCCCAGCAACGAGGUGCUGUGGCCACUGGAUGAGUCCUCCAGUGAUGCCUCGCAGCCUCACCUGCCGAGCAAAUCUCCGGGAACUCUGCAGUUGUCAGAUGAGUCGCUUGUUACUGCGGGUGCCCUGCAGCUCCAGCUGUCGGACGAGCCUUCUGCCGCCCCCGGGGUUUUGGGGUUAUCGGACAAUUCUCUCAUUGACACUAGGACCCAGCAACCUGAGCUGCUGGAUGAGUUCCCGACGGAAUGCCUGCCUCCUCAACUGUCAGAGAGACUUCUCGUAACAGCAGGGACCCUGCAGCCCCAGCUGGUGGAUGAGCCUCCUGCAGACAACCAGCCUCAGCCAUUGGACAAAGCUUCUGCCCAGAGUCCACAGCUUCGGUCUGUGGAAAAGGCUCCCAGCAAUGUGGUACCACAGAUCCCAGCAUCAGAAAUGGCUCUGGGCCCUGGGGUGCUGUGGCCUCUACCUGUCGAAAAAGUCCCUGGCUCCACGGUCCCACGGAUCCUGCUCUCGGAGAAGGCUGCUGAACCAGCUGUGUCACGGCCCCUGCCUCCAGAUAAGGCUUCCUUCUCUGGGGCAGUGCAGGUCCCAGCUGCAGAGAAGGCCCCCAGCUCUGGGACACCCCGUCCUCUGCCUCCAGAGAAGGCUCCUGCCUCGGGUAUGCUGCGGAUCCUGCCCACAGAGAAGGCUUCCAGCGUAGGGGCGCUGCGGCCCCUGCCUCCGGAGAAGGCCCCUGGCUCCUGGUCACCACACGUGAGUGGCUCAGGGGCCCUGCGGAUCCCACUCAUGCAGAAGGCGCUCACCCCUGGGGUGCUGCGGCCCUUGCCUCCAGAGAAGGCUGCUGACUCAGGAGCCCUGCGGGUCCUGCCUCUGGAGAAGGCUCUUGGCUCCGGGGCAGCCCGAUCUCUGCUCUUGGAGAGGCCUCUCACUGUUACAGCGCCGUGGCCUCAAGCAUCGGACAAGCUGGCUGCUGCUGUAGCUCCUCGGCCUCAAGCCUUGGAGAAGCCUCCGGCUGCGUCGGCUCCAAGGCUAUUGUUGUCAGAGAAGGCAUUGCGGCCCGUUGACCAGAACGCUCAGCCAAAGGAGAGAGCAGCCCUGGCCAUGGAGCUGAGUCCCCAGCAGAAAGAGAGGACCAUGUUAGCUGGCGAGCAAAUCUCUUGGUCUGCUGGGAAGGCGGUGACACAUGUCGGACAGGUACCUUGGCCUACGGAGAAACUACAGACACAUGAGCAAACCCACUGGCCCACUGCAAAAGCCCUGGCAGCUACAGAGCAGUCUCCCCGGACAGCAGAGAAACUACCAGAGCCAACCCUUCAGCCCAGCUGGGAAGUGGCCUCAGCGCCCACAGAGCAAACCCCUUGGACAUCGGAGAGAUUGCGUGCGUUCGAGCAGACCCCUCGGCCGGCCAGGGAAGCGCCAGCACCCCCGGAGCAGAUGCAGUGGCUUGUCACAAACAUACAGACAAUUGACCAGAUUUCUUGGCUGAGCGGAAAAGCACAGACUCCUCGGGGGCAGGACCCUUUGCCUGAACAAAACACAGCGCUAGCCCGUACCCAGGAUUCUGUCUGUCGUGAGUUGGCUGACUCAGAGCCAAAGUGAGGUCGGUGAAUAUGGGAGGCAGGUUUCAGUCUUUUAAUGUUUAGGGAGGGGGAAUCUUUGUUUUGGUUUUUUUAUUCACUUCCCUGAGCCCAGGCCCUAACCCAUGCACAUCCCAUCCAUAUUCUCUCGUGACAUGAGCAAGGACAUUCACUUAAGUCUGAGUGUGGCCCAGUCGAAGGGAGAGAGCAUCUGUGACCUUUUCCUCUUCCUUUUACAAAUGGUAAAGCUGAAAUAAAGAGUCCACUCUGGGUAAAAAUCUCCAGUUCCAUUGAAAUGGUCACAUUGCUAAUCCAGUGUGUUUGAUCUCCAGGUCUGAUUCCUAGAGAGGUUCCAAGGUACAGCCAGGGGCCUCACUCUUGUUUCUGUGUUUAGAGGAAGCAGAUCAGCCAGGCUGCCCUGGAACUAGAGAUGUUUCAGGGAUCAGGCAGCAAGCAGUCAGAUGCACGCCCUUGCCGGGCUCUGUGGAAGCAGGGAACAGGUUUGUCUGUUGUCUGCCGAGGUCUCUGUCUGUGCAGGGUGUUGCUGUGUGACGUUCGUCCAUACGUUCGCUGGGACGUGCUGCGUGUAUGGUUCACUGAAGGACAGCUAAUCGUCUCCAGCUGAGCUGGGAGAACAGCCCGCUGCACUUGCUCAGUGCAGUUUUCUCCAGCAACAGGCAAUAUCCAUUUAGGCUCCUUUCUACAGAGCUGCAACUGGCCAGGCCCAAGAAGCAGGGAAUCUGAAGGAGGUCAGGGAAAAGGAGAGAUCUCGGAAGAAGCCAUCUGGCAGAUUUUUCAUUCUUGUGUCGUAAUCCUUGAGCACAGGACACGCAGAGGGUUUCCUGCACUUGAAAACGUUGUGACCUAUAAAGCAGCAAUAGCAGAGCAGGGCAGAGUGGAUUUCCCGAAGGUGCUGAGCACCACCCUGGCAGGGUGGUGGUGUCCUCUUUCCAAUUUCCAUCCAGUCUCUUCUUGAUUUCUGUUGUUACCUUGAGCCAGCAGAUUGAGCAGUCUUUUCUCCCCUUGCCUCAGACCUGUGUGCGUCAUACCUUGGGUUCCCAGCAGCAGGACACGCAGCCAAGCUGUGAGUGAAGCCUGUACCGUUUGCUGCGCAGCACAAAGGCAAGGGUGCUGUAGCUGUACCAGGACCCAUCUCGACUCCUUCCUCUUCGUAGCGUCUAGCUUAACUCUUGUGCAACCAAAGGAGACUUGAAUUAACUGGACUGUGUUGGUGUGCGUGCGUGUGUGCGCGUGCGUGUGUGCGUGCGUGCGUGUGUCCUUCCAACUGAAUAGUAGUUCUCACACUGGAACACGGUGGGCUCCAGCAGCUGGCUGGCUUUCCUUCUUUGCUCUUCUCCCUUUUCCAGUGAAGAAGGUGUUAAGUACCUGGUGAUGGUCAGGCUGUGUACAGGCCUGCUGAAAGCAGUUUACUGAAGCAAUGAGGCAGAAGUUUGCUUGGCCAUGGUACUCCCAGGGCAAGUGAUAGAUUCCCAGGGACCUGCAGAGUGGUGUCUUGUGACUGCUGGCACCCUCGCAGGAAGGAGGAUGGUUGUCCCUGGGCAGUGCUGCCCGGGCUGGAAGGGGUUGGUAUCCUGCCAAGGAAGCGCUGCUGACCAGCACACUUUCCUCCUCUCACAACUCGUUACCUCUGUGGUUUGCCUGAUCUCUGUUGAUCCAGAUGCCGCAGUCUUGGAUCUCCGUACCCACCACCGGACCCUUGCGCACCUCCAGUGUUUCCUUCUCCUUCCAUGCAGAUCCGCAGGCCCCUCCCUGGUAAAGGAAUCGUUCAGCUUCAGGCUGACCCUGUCCCGCUGAUGUGGGAGCAGGUCAUUGUUCCCACUGGCUUGCAGGUGCUUGCUGCUCCUAGAGCAGACGGUCCUGAGCUUUGCGGUUUUCUGUGAAGGGAGACAGACACUUGUACUGAGACUAAUCCCGAUCCAUUCUCCUUCCCUGAUCUACACACCCUGAGACAACGCCUUGCUGUCAAGUCUGGGUGUGCUAGGCACGAGGGGACGUUUCCAGUGCUGUGGUGCAUCUCUUCUCUAGUCCAAAUCAUUUCAGAUCCUUUGUAGAAUAGCUAGCGACUCAAAAAGCUUUACAGCUGGUGGAAACUUACUGUUUAGUGUUGUUUUUUUUCUGGGAAGACUGGCAAGUCAGUUCCUGCUUGCUGCUGAAACUGGGGAAAUGCAAGCAGCUUGUGUUUCUGCGUGACUCCUGCACAAAGGGAAUCGGGACAACUCCUCAGAGCCAUUGAGAGAGAAGAUAAUCUAAGGGCAUUCAUUAACUUUUUUUAAGCAAGAUAAAAAAGAAUGAUAAUGAGGUUCAUUAUAUUCAGUAUUUAUCAUGUGUGCAAAGGAAAAUAAAUCGUGAAUUUACCUUUAUAGACCUUCCCAUGAGCUGGACAUAGUCAUGUAGAUUGCAUAAGUAGGGUUCCCUCCAUGCCAGCCACCCGGCCAGCUGCAGCUGUGUAACCAGAAAGGUCCCUGCCCUGCUCUGCCCACCUCCGCUUCGCUUUGUCACGUGUGAACUAGUUACUUGUCUCAUGAAAAAUAAACUGUGAAUAUUUUUGGUGCAGGCUUUUUUAAAUCUGUAAAAUGGAGAAGUUCUCAGUGAAUUCUCAUUAAGUGCAGGUUUGAAAAAAAUCACUUCUGUAGAUCAUGUGCUCACAUAAUGAGGUGAGGUUGACGGCAGCAGCCUUUCACACCGCAAGCUUCACUCAAAAGCUUGUUUAGAACAGUGAACGUGGAUUGAACAAUUGCAUGGCAUUUCAAUCCUACAGCCUUAUUCCUUGCAUCUGACCGUACCCCACCUCUCUUCUCAUCUCCCUUCAUGUUUUUUCCACAAGGAUCCAGGUUUCUGACUUUCCUACUUUCCAGCUACGUGGUGGGAAGUUGCCUUCAGUGUAUCUAGGAGGCUGCUCAGUAAAGCUGGUGUUUGGAGGUGCCGUUGAAGGAGAAAGCCAGCAAGCUGCUCUUCCCUCCUGCCACGCUGAGCCCCUGGGUGACCCUCUGUCACAUCAGGAGGGCUUUUCAGACAUACGUGGGGCGUGGAGAGGGAAUAGUGGUGCUGUUAGGAAUGGUGGGCUGUACUGGGUCACCUCAGCGAGGCUGGCAAGGCCUGCCCAGGUGUGGAGAUGUGGAGAUGGUUCCUGGCAGCCCUGCC